CAUUGUGCUACGCUAUCGCCUCCUCCCCCUGCUGCUGAAGCGCUCGGGCAGUGACUAAAUCCCAAGCAAAGGGGAGGGGGACCAUAUAGACAUCCCAAGGGAGGUGCAAGCCCUGCCCCAUGUCUAGGUGAUUGAAUCCCACGUUGCGUCUUGUUUUAUGGUUUCGCAGGGGAAGGGGGGAAAAUCCCAAAUCCAGAUGUGAAUGCUGCCUCAAACAGCCAGCAAGACCCCAGCAGCUACUGGAGUUGAAAGGAGGAUUGUAGUCAGAAAAGGAACGUCCAUCUUGGAAGAGACCAGAUGCGAGAAUCUCAGGCAGAAGAUUUUUGUUCAUGUUUGGGCAUACCCGUAUCCUUUUCCAUCCCCUUUGUGCCAUGCCUAGUAGAACUAUAGCACAAAGGGGUGUCUCAGUCCAGUGUAUCUUGGAGGCAGUGGACUUUGAGUAGCUCCUGUGACAUACUUCCCAAACACCAAUAGGGGAAUGGAAUCGAGAGACUGAGGAGAUAACAGUACUGUGUAAAUGAGUAUGGAAGAUUAUGAUUUUCUGUUCAAAAUUGUUUUAAUUGGCAACGCUGGCGUGGGGAAAACCUGCUUAGUCCGACGCUUCACUCAGGGGCUUUUCCCACCAGGUCAAGGAGCCACUAUCGGAGUUGACUUUAUGAUUAAGACUGUGGAGAUAAAUGGUGAAAAAGUGAAGCUGCAGAUCUGGGACACGGCAGGGCAGGAGAGAUUCCGGUCCAUUACGCAGAGUUAUUAUCGCAGCGCUAAUGCAUUAAUAUUGACCUAUGACAUAACCUGUGAAGAAUCCUUCCGAUGCCUUCCCGAAUGGCUGCGAGAAAUAGAACAGUAUGCCAGCAAUAAGGUCAUAACUGUGCUAGUGGGUAAUAAGAUUGAUUUAGCCGAGAAAAGAGAAGUCUCCAAACAAAGAGGUGAAGAAUUUUCAGAGGCCCAAAACAUGUACUAUCUGGAAACUUCUGCUAAAGAAUCGGAUAACGUGGAAAAACUCUUUCUGGACUUAGCUUGCCGGCUGAUCAGUGAGGCAAGACAGAAUACGCUUGUGAACAAUGUGGCAUCCCCGUUACCAGGAGAGGGGAAAAGUAUCAGCUAUUUGACUUGCUGCAAUUUCAAUUAAGGGCUGGCCCAAGAUCCACCCCAAAUGGGCCAAGAGGUUUUUUGCAGAGAUAUAUCUCAGUGAAGGCAAUUCCUGCCACUUUGACCCAUCUGACUCACACCUAAGUCAGGUUCCCGAUCUUAAAGCAUGGCAGGCUGGCCGCUCCACCUGCAGGUCAACAUAGCAGAAUAUAAUAUGGUUUAAUCUUUUUUGCAGUCUCUGGAGUUGGUUAGCAAAAAUAGUUUGCACAAGGCGCUCAUUCAAAUCCAGAGCAUGGGCUGCUACAUCACUUUCCGUUGGAGACUAGAACAGCCUCCCUGGAUGAUACAGAAGAAUGCAGGAUCUCUUUUGCAGCACGCCUUUAGUCCUUUUGAAAAAAGAUGAACUUUAAGCCUUGGACUAUACAGUACUGGCAUUGUUCCAGGCUGCCAGCCAAAUGAAUGCUUAGGAUGUGUAUAUGCCCACGGCAUCCUGAUGCAGGACUCAAUUGUAUGUUUUGAAUUAGUGUUAUAUCUCUCAUCUGCAGGCACUUUCAUGAACUUGGAAUUAAAAACGUAUAUAUCAACGUUUCCAAACAAACAACAAUUUGAAAAAAGAUAUGGAUACUGGCUUAGUCACUCCGUUUGGUGCUAGCACUCCGGCUGAAUAUUUCAUAGACCAAACCUAGUUUUAUUACAUUACUGUCCUCUGAAUGUGUAACUUAGAGUAAAUAGUGAAAGUAUGCUAAUAAGCACUGUCCAUAAAAUAUCAUUACCUCUUUUUCUCAGCCUGAACAUAGUGGGUAAGGACUGUGCUUCUUUGAUGUCAAUUGUGGGGUGCAAAGACUUUUUUUCUUGAGUCAUAAAAGCUCUGUAAACAGUAAUUUCCUAGUGUAAUGAACUAGCUUUGAGAAUACUGACUGAUGGAGUUCUAAACAGAUCAGAUCUGACCAAAAUAUUGUGUUUGCACUGAUCAUGUAUAAGGGUUCAAAGGCAGAGCACAGUUUUAGAUGGCAGUCCAGUGUGUUUGAGUAAUGAAAGCUUGUAGUUACAGGUCUGUCUUGAGAAGCAAGCAUACAAUUUUGUAUGUUUUUUUUUAAGCUUAAGUGAAAAUGGCAGCAAGUGUUGUUAUGAAUCAUUUUGUGUCUUACUCAUCCAAUGAUCAUCUUAUGAACCUGUACCUUGGAGAAGCAAUUCAAGGUACCAGUUUGGCAUUGACUGUAUUCUAAUAGCUUUUGGAUCCAUGACCAUAGAUUCAUUUAAUUUUCUUGUUACUUUGUACUCUUAAGUCUCAGACACCAAUGUAUGUAUAAUUAUUUGCUUAGGCAAUUUCUUUAUAUAAAACCUCUAAUGUGGAAGCACUAUGGUAUUUGUUAUAUUACACCUCUAGUGCCGUGUUCUAAUAAUACAUUGGACUUUGCACACUGAUGUUAAAGCAAAAUUGGAAAAAGAGGUUGGACGCAUACGUAGAAAAUCAUUCUUAAAUGUUUGGUAUCCGUUUUAUUGACCUGAAUGAGGCUAAAACUCUCGGUAACUUUGUGGCUGUGAUACAUUGUAACUUAGCAUUAAUCAGCUCGAUAUCAUGUAUUAUUUGCUGAAGAUGUUGACUGGCCUUUUGUAUUAACAUGAAAAAAGCUGCCAAUAAGUAAAUAUUGAAAAUAAAAAUGGCCUUUUAAAAUG